AUGGCUCACAAUCAGCCUGAACGCACAACGCCAAUUACUGCAAAGUUUGGAGAAUUCACGAAACAUUAUCCGCAUAUAAAUCUUAUUCUAAUCAGAACCAUCUAUGGUCACAAGAAGAAGAAAGAGAAGCAAGAAGUAGUCUUCUACACACAUUUUGAAGAAGUACUACAGAAAAUCAAUCCAUUUGGACCAUACCAGAUAUUUGCUGUGAUUGUUAUACUCUAUGCUUCGAUAGAAUGGGCUGGUAAGUUAUUGGUUUCAAUUGAAGAAAAAUCCGUGCAAUGUCUAGCCUUCAUAUCAUUUGAAAAAACUAAAGAUAGGCUGUUUUGAAA